UUAAUUAAAUUUUAAAGGGAAAUUUGCGCAAGCGGAAGAAAGACGGGAGGCGAGGGCAUACGGUGGGGGAAGGAACGAAAGAGCGGGAACAGGCGCGGGAGAAAGACGCAACGAGGGGCCGUAGUAUGACGAACGCGAGGCAACCGGCGACGAUGGUGCGGGCAGUCUGCGCACGGACAUCGAUCGAGGUUCACGUUCCAUCCACUCCCCGAAAUUCCCAAUUGUUUCUCGAGUCGCGAUUACCGAUACGUCACGUACGACAAGAAAAAAGAUAGAAGAAAGAUAAAAGGAGAAAGAGAGAAACGAAAAAAGAAAGAGAGAGAGAGAGAGGGAGGGAGGAGAGGGGCAAAGAGAGAAACAAAGAGAGAGAGAGAGAGAGGGAGGUACACGCCGCGGUAUCCUAUGCGGCAAUCGUGAAUUGCGUGCGCCGUGACAGUGCGAUGACACCUGUGCCUUUCCGAGAGGAACGAACCGUCAGUACUGCAGCUGUGGGGGUGUUUUUCCGCGCUGUACCAUAGGAAUUUUGUAUAACGACCGCAAGACGUCGGUUCGCCACUGUCUUCAUCGUGUUUGGCAGAGCUAGACAAUGUUUAAACGCUUGUCGAAGUCUCGGCGCCACAGUGCCGACGAUGUCGCCCUUUCUUUGUCAAAUUCGACAGCUCCACUGGAUGAGCUAUCGACGACUCCGGUGUCGCGGACGACCAGUCAGGAUCUGGAAACCGCCACCUUACUGAAAAUCUCCCGGGCCAAAUAUUCCCGGAGGAGUUGCGGCGAUGCAGCCGCAAUGCAGACGCUGCUCGAGACGAAGCAGGAUAACGAGCAGGAUGUCAUCGAGACUGAUUAUCAAACGGUUACGGCUGUGCCGGCCUUUAUAGUCGAGCAUGAUCCGAGUAAGCAACGAGUGUUGGGUCUAGGAAUUUGGGGUCGCAGGAUGGGCAAGAAGAUCGAUUCAUUUCGGCGAACUAGAUCUCGUGAAACUAUCUGCUCCAUUACGGAAAGGUCCGACGAUAUUGAACAUAAUGGCAUCAAUAAUAAUAAUAAUAAUAAUAAUAAUAUCAACAAUAAUGAUACUAGUACCAGCAAUAAUAAUAUUGACGUCCAUCAAUCGAGUAAGAUGCAUUUGGACGAGAAGACGAAUAGAAAGUUACCGCCAACUUGUCAGCGAUCUCCGUCUCCCUUCAAAUCAUUUUUUAUUCGGAUGGGUUCUACCGGUAUGCUCAACUCGACUAAAACUAAUAGAAGAUCUCAAAAUAUCGAGGAGAGAACGCCGGAUAAGGAGAGUCUGUUCAGAAGUUGCAGUACCAGUCAAUUGAACAACAGUCCGACUUACGUGAAGGGCGACGAUCCUUCGGAGGGUAUAGAUCUCCAGAUUGCCGCGCGAAAGGACAAGACGGUAUCUUGUGACGACUUGGCGGGACAACGAGGCAACGAACAACGGAUCGUCUUCGAGGCUCGCACACGUGGUGAUACUUGCGCUUCCACAUAUUCACUGGGUAGUCCCUCGGUGAGCUUCAGCACCUGUGACCUCGAAAAAACAAAAAACGAGUCGUUGAUGAGAAAGAGCAGUAGCUGUGAUCUAAAGGAGGCAAAAAAGUCCAACUUUCCGUAUGCUUUCUUGCGAUCAAAAUUGUCCGUAUUACCAGAAGAACGUCAUGGAUCAUUAGCUUCCAAGGACGAGAGACUUUUCAAGACCGUGUCGGAAGAACACUUCCCGAGCCUGCAGAUUGAAGAUUCUUACAUCAACACCACGACCCUCGGACGGAAGAGAUCAAGGAUUGGGAAUGUCGGUCUCGACUCUGCGAGAAAUCAGGAGAACGUCUCGCGACUGGGUCGGAAUUCCUAUGCGGAAUUCCAGAGAAAUUCUAGUAGAUACGAAAUGGAGAGGUAUAGUCUGAAUGCCGGCCGCCUCGAACGAAUCGAAGCUGGACUCGAGCGGGAGAGCAUCGCUGGUUGCUACAGUCUGUUCGACGGUAGUCUGCUGUCCCUUCGAGAGAACAACGAGUUUCGACAUAGCGAGGAUACCGCGCGCGACAAAGCGGACUUUGCUGCUGGCGGAAUCGAAAGCGGGAUAACGGAGAAUUGCAACGUUGAUCUCGACAUGAUGACCGCUAUCAGAAGCAAUAAACGAAACUCGAUUUCGAGCUGCGAGCAGAGACUUUCGUCUCACUACGUGAGCUCGAACGAGUCCGGCUACGACAGCGAUGGGCCGCGAGGUGAAUUCGUGGCUGCCUCGGAGAACGAGGGACUGAAGUGUAGUUCGGACACCAGCAGCGUCGUAGACUCGGAGGGCGACAAACCCAUAAGGAGUUCGACACCGAGCGAGGGUCAGGAUCAGGAGAACGGCCAGAACGCAGGUUCAGGCAGGAUCAGGCAGAAUUCAGACGCGGACGCGAUUUCCCGAAUGAAUCUCGAGGGAGUGGACGGUCUGAGGUGGCACCGGAGUGGAUCUGGCCGGAUGUUACCUAGUAUUCAUGGAACUUCCUUCGAGGAGGAAGCCGUGUUACGGCUGGAGGACACUUCGCUUCCAAGCUGCGAGGACAGAUUGAACCUUUUGCCGGAUACGGCCAAGGCGCUGGACGUCUCGCCUCACCGCAUGAGGUUGCAGCAGGACAAGACGAGAUUCCUCAGCGAUAUUAUCCAGCCGUUAACGAGGGUACGGCGAUGUUGCCUGAUACAAUUGCACAAGAGAGACCCUAAGGAGAGUCUGGGAAUUCGACUGGCGCAGCAAAGACUGGGAGAUCUGCGAUACAUCGUUGUGCAGCUCGAAAAUGAUGGCAUUGCUCAUAGGGACGGUAGACUAAGAUUGGGCGAUGAGAUCGUUCAAGUGGAAGGUAAGGAGUUAAAAACGUUGGAAACUCUCGAAGAAGUUCAGGAGUUUCUGAGAUCUUUCACCGGUAACACAGUACGGUUAACGACGGCAUACGAGGAAACGGUGCCGCAAGUAUACGAGAAUCCGCCGCCAACUGUGCCCGGCGAGUACGAGUACCUGGAAAACGCAAAGAAUCUGUCCAGUAUGUCGUUGAUCGACACCGAAACGAAUCACGUUUCUUCAUCGGUCGAGAAGAAAAAGAAGAAAAAGAAGACGACCGACGGCGGCGACGUCGAGUCGUCGCUUCAAUCGAGAAAGAGGCCCGACUUCCUGCCGCUUUCGUGCUUAUCUGAAAAUCAAAAGGACACCCGCAGCAGCAUAGAGCCCGCCACGGAAUCGCAACACUAUCUGACGAAACACGUGGCCAAAUUUGAGAAGGGCUAUGGCAAACCCAGUUUGGGCUUCAGCGUUGUAGGUGGCAGAGAUAGCCCUCGGGGUGACAUGGGGAUCUUCGUGAGAAGGGUCUUUCCCGGCGGUCAGGCCGACAUUUUCAAAUCGCUGUUUCAAGGAGACGAAAUCUUGAGCCUAAACGGGCAAAUUUUGAAGGGCCGCACGCACCAGGAAGUCAUCGAAUUGUUUAAGACGGUGAGAGAGGGUACGGUUGAAUUAGAGAUUACGAGAAGGCACAGAUAUUCCAAAAGUACUGUAAAAAGUGUGCCGUACUAAAUAGUACGGACGAAGAAAAACUGCCCACCGGAAGUGCUCUUUAGGUUUAAUUUAUUCGUUUACGGAGAAAACGGUGUUUUAGAAUUCUAGUCUAUCGAAAGAACUCUAUGACUUCUCUGACGUUUUUCUCUUGCGUAAUUUAUUUCGCGCGGCAUAUCUCGUAACUGCCUGGUAGAUUAAUAGUUUUAAUUAUUAAUAGGCUAAUCGCGUAUUGUACUAUUAUAUUAUAAAUAUUAUUAAGUAACGUCUUUAACGAUAAGAUUUUAUACGAAUAACGUUACGAUAACGUGAAAUCCAUUUUAUGCAUUUUUUAAUUAUAGAGGACAAUAAAGAAGAUGUUCUUUACAGGUGCCGAACGGGGCACCGCGUAUCCAGAUUAUUAUUAAUUAAAUAAUUGUUAUUAAAUAACUGUUUUAUUUCUAGCAAAUUCUGAAAAUGUACAAUAUAUACAUGA